UGGUUCUCAUCAUCUGCGUACAACCUGAAUUCUUUAAUAAAAUAAAGUGUACAAUUUUAACAAACCUUUGUCCAUUAGCAAGCAUAUUGUCAGAGAGUCAUAGUAAAAUAAGGCGUUGUGAUUUACAGGGUGUCUAAAGUGUUACGACAUAUAUAUAUAUCUUGUUAGAGAGAAGUUUCUUGAAAAAAAUUAAUUAACAGUUGUGUUGUUGGUAACAAAAGAAAAUUAGUAACAGUUACGCAAUUAGAUAAGAGAUCAAUAUUUUAAAAUUUCCAUGUACAUGAGGUCAGAUGAGGAGUUGAUGAUGUAAUACAGUGAGCAGAACUCAGAAGAUCAAGAAAAAAUUAUCUCUUAAGAGAGUCAAGCGAAAAAUAAAGGGGGGGGUGAAAAGACAAGUUAACAAAACUAGAAAACAGAGUUACUAAGAAGUGAAUAACCAGGGUAAUUGUAGUCCAACAACGGAUUCUUUUUGGACACAUAAGUCAGGCUGCAAUCGUUUUAUGGCAAAGUUCAGCCAUAGCGUCCCUUGGUGCGAACGCACGAGUGACCUUCAGCUGACCAAUCAUACAAAUGAGGAAUGUUUGCUAAAAAAUGAUGUAUAUUUACAAGAAAAUGCUUGGAAACGCACUAAACAAGUUAUUUUUCUCUGACAUGACUUAAAAAUACGUUCUACGAGAAGUAUCAGUUGCUAAAUUAGACUAGUUUCUGUACAUGAAUUCACCAAGAUGAAUACAGGUAAACUUUUUUUGUGAAUCGUUUAUCUCUCAUCCUGCUUGCAGUCUUCCAAAAUAGCACUCGGUUGAAUUAUUAUGGUUUCCAGCAAGAGGAUAGAUGACUACUUACCAGGAAAACGUGGAUAAUAAAAAAUUAAAAUAAAUGAUAUCAACUAUAAAUCUAUCCCUAAUCGUAACCAUAAACUUAAUCCUAACCCUAACACUAAACCUAACUCUAAUCAAUAACAAAACUUAUUAUUGUGUGUAAACUAUUGAAAUAUAAUUAUACUUAUUCAAACCGUAAUUCUAACCCUAAUGCUAAUUAUAACUCUGAUCCUAACCCUAACCUCAAUACUUAUCUUAACCCUAAUCCUAACCCUGACGAGCUAUUAACACAUUGUCCAAACAGUACUUAAAAACGUAAUCUGGGUGAAAUUUGCUCCUAAGUUGGUAAAUAGCGUUGAUAUUUCAGCUAUGAUAAUGACAGAUGCCGUUAGCCAACGACUAGCAUGCGUUCAAAGUCAUUGGAGCGUUCUCAAUCCUGGAACGCUAUUGUUGAACUUCGCUCGUUUUAUUGCUAUAGCUUCAGCAAACAUGAGAAGACUUGAGGUAAUUUGUCUGUUAAUUAUUUUGAAUGAUUCCAGCACAUCUACUCGGUGUCCUGUGUCAGUCAGGUGUUUGGCGAUUAAAGAGUUUAAACAAUUCAAUCCCUUUAACCGGAGGUUCCUUGGUACAUGUUCGCAGAAUCUGACGUAGGCCCUCCUCUCUGUUGUUCCAAUGUAACUGCUCCCACAGAUACAUGUGAAUUAGUAUGCACAGUUGGAUGUCUUCUUCUCUUAUCUAGUUACGCAACUGUUACUAAUUUUCUUUUGUUACCAACAACACAACUGUUAAUUAAUUUUUUUCAAGAAACUUCUCUCUAACAAGAUAUAUAUAUGUCGUAACACUUUAGACACCCUGUAAAUCACAACGCCUUAUUUUACUAUGACUCUCUGACAAUAUGCUUGCUAAUGGACAAAGAAUUCAGGUUGUAUGCAGCUGAUGAGAACCAACGAAAUAAAAUGGAUCCAGAUUACUCUGCGCCAAUGUUUCUUUUUUCUUUGUUCAAGAUACAAUUAUUUAAAUGAGUGGACAGUCAGUGUAUGGACGUACUUCAACAAGUGAUAGUAAUCUUACAUAAUUCCUCCCUAAUGAAGACUGAUAACGUGCCAUACUGUACACUAUUGUCCAUUUUUCUUUAUUGAAGUUUAUUUUGGAAACCUCAAGGUUUUGUCUUAUAUUUAUCCACAAACGAGUUAAUUUUGAACGCAGAUUAUCAAUACUGUCAAUUCAUGCUUUUUGGAUAUCCCUAAAAGUUUGUUGCGAAUCACUAGGCCGUAUUGUGUAUAGAGUCUGUUGUGUCAACUUGUUGAGUUUUCAUUCUUCAAACCCCCCUAUAAAUGGCUAAAAAUACCGGAGAUACAAAAUUCCGAAAAGUCGAUGUUGAUCAGUUAACAGAACCAACAUUUCAAGAUGAAACAAUUGAUGACGUUAAACCAUCCAGUAUAAAUAUAUCUGAAAUUAAUGAUUUAAUUACAAGUGGCAGAUCUACUGAUGCUAUCUUAGCUAUACUACAAAAUGCACCGAUUAACUCAAAAGAUCAACAGGUCAAGGAUACAGUAUUUAAGUUGAUGAUGCGUUUGUUGUCCCAGUUUAAAUCAAAUCAAAAUAUUGAUGAUUUCUUGUCGACAAUGGAUCAAGAGAAAAUUGAUCUAUUAAUGAAAUAUAUAUACCGUGGAUUUGAACAGCCUCAAGAGAUUAGUUGUGCUACACUAUUGUCAUGGCAUGAAAAGGUUUAUACAUAUGGGAAGGCUGGUUCAGUUGUACGCGUCUUGACAGAUCGUAAACGUGUUUAACAGGGUUCCUGUGUACUUGAUUUUACAAACUCAUUUGCUUUACACUUUUUCUAAGAAACAAUAUGCAAUCAUGAAGCGAAAUAUCCCAUUGUGCUUUCAUCCACACUCUAAACCGUAGUGUGUUUAGGUUGAUAAGAAUGUCUUCUUUAUUUUUACCAACGAAAUUUAAUUCACUAUACAACAACUACUUCUCACCUGAUACCUUUUUUUUAAAAAAAAUUUUUUUAUUUUAUUCAGUCAGAUAACAUGAGAAAAUAAACAGAUACCAGCAGAGGUCAACUCCUCCCCUUAA